AUGGAUCCAUUCUUCGUAUCUUUGAUUAGCGGUGGUUGCGCAGGUACAUCUACAGACCUAGCAUUCUUCCCUAUUGAUACUCUCAAAACAAGGUUGCAAGCAAAGGGUGGAUUUUUUGCUAAUGGUGGAUGGAGUGGUAUCUAUAAGGGGCUCGGAUCGUGCGUAGUGGCGCUGGCACCGUCUGCUGCCCUAUUCUUUGUCACAUAUGACUCUAUGAAAAGAAAUACAAAAGAUAGUAUGGCGCCAGCAAUGUCUCAUAUGCUUUCCGCAUCAUGCGGAGAGAUUGCUGCAUGUCUCGUAAGAGUACCGGGUGAAGUUAUAAAGCAAAGAACUCAAGCAGGAAUUUUAGGUGUAGGAGGAGUGUCAAGCUCUUGGUCCAAUUUCUUGUACCUUUUGCAGAAUAAAUCUGGGGAGGGGACACUCAGGGGACUUUAUAGAGGAUGGAAUACGACCAUAAUGAGAGAAAUACCCUUUACUAUGAUCCAAUUCCCACUUUAUGAGUGGUUAAAGCAAAAAUGGGCCUCCACUACAAACCAAGAGUUAUCUUUAUUAAAAGGAGCCAUAUGUGGAUCCAUCGCUGGUGGAAUUGCCGCAGCCGCGACAACUCCGCUUGAUGUCAUAAAGACCCGAAUUAUGCUUCAUAAGGAAAGAAUAGGAGUUCUAACAUUAGUCAAAACUAUUAUACAAGAAGAAGGGUAUGGCGUAUUUUUGAAUGGAAUAGGUCCAAGAACUAUGUGGAUUAGUGCAGGAGGAGCAAUUUUUCUUGGAUGCUACGAAUUCGUUAGCUCCACUUUGAGUGAUAGAAGAAGAAGUUUAAGCUAA